CGUCUCGCCGUGCGGCUCGGCUCCGCUCCGGCGGCGCAUUGCGGAUCGACGGCCAGGCUGAAACGGCGGCGGCGGCGGCGCUAUCGUGGGGAGGGGGUGGGAGGAGCUUUUUUAAACGGCGCCGACUGGGCCGUUUGGGUCACGGCGACCACUCCUUCACCUCCAUCUCUCUCGCGUCCCAGUCGGGGGGAAUGAGAAGGACGUCGUUUGGCUCCGUCCAGCCUCAGUCUUGCCCGGAUCCUCAUCGGAUGGGCUCCCGGCAGAGUCUCCCAUCCGCAGGGAGAAAGGCAGCGCGUUGAGUGGCUCUCGUUCCCUUGCUCCAGGUUUUUUUUUAAGAGGCUUGCUCCCUGAACCGAGUCGGUACAAUGGCGGAUGACUGCUCCGUCAGGGUGGCUGUCAGAAUUCGUCCACAGCUGGCUAAAGAGAAGAUAGAGGGAUGCCAUAUCUGUACGUCGGUUAUACCCGGAGAGCCCCAAGUUGUUCUUGGAAAGGAUAAAGCAUUUACUUUUGACUUUGUUUUUGACAUGGAAACUCAGCAAGAAGAGGUCUAUCUGAAGUGUGUAGAAAAACUUAUUGAUGGCUGCUUGGAAGGUUAUAAUGCCACUGUUCUAGCCUAUGGCCAAACGGGGUCUGGGAAGACGUAUACCAUGGGGACUGGAUUUGAUGUUAACAUCACGGAUGCUGAGCAUGGUAUAAUUCCACGUGCUGUCAAACACCUUUACUGUGGUAUUGAGGGAAAAAAGCGUACUGCUGUUGAACAAGGACUGCCACCACCAGAGUUUAAAGUCAGUGCUCAAUUUCUUGAGCUUUAUAAUGAAGAAAUUCUAGAUCUGUUUGAUUCAAUUCGUGACCUUGAGGCAAGACACAAAAAGUCAAACAUCAAAAUCCAUGAAGAUGCAAAUGGAGGAAUUUACACUGUAGGAGUAACAACACGUAUGAUAAGUUCAGAAACAGAGAUGUUGCAAUGCCUUAAACUGGGAGCUCUUUCUCGUACAACUGCUAGCACCCAGAUGAAUGUUCAGAGUUCUCGGUCCCAUGCUAUUUUCACAAUACAUAUCUGUCAGAUGCGUGUCUGCAUCAAAAUUGAUAAUGAUGAAAUGAUAGAUAACAAAUUAAUUAAUGAAUCAAGAGAAAUGAACGAGUUUGAAACCUUGACGGCCAAGUUCCAUUUUGUUGACCUCGCAGGAUCAGAACGACUGAAGCGUACAGGAGCAACUGGAGAACGAGCAAAGGAAGGAAUUUCAAUUAACUGUGGUCUAUUGGCCCUUGGAAAUGUCAUCAGUGCACUUGGUGAUAAAAGUAAGCGAGUAACUCAUGUGCCUUAUAGAGACUCGAAACUAACCCGAUUGCUGCAAGAUUCUUUGGGGGGUAAUAGCCAGACGGUUAUGAUCGCCUGUGUUGGUCCAUCAGAUCGUGAUUUCAUGGAAACUUUGAACACAUUGAAGUAUGCAAAUCGUGCACGAAACAUCAAAAAUAAAGUGAUGGUUAACCAGGAUAGGGCAAGCCAACAAAUCAAUGCACUCCGAGGUGAAAUAGCACGACUCCAGAUGGAACUUACGGAGUAUAAGACGGGCAAGAGAAUAAUUGGAGAUGAUGGUGUGGAGAGUAUUAAUGAUAUGUUCCAUGAAAAUUCCAUGCUACAAACUGAAAACAAUAAUCUGCGAAUGAGGGUAAAGGCAAUGCAAGAAACUAUAGAAUCACUGAGGGCAAGAGUAACACAACUUCUCAGCGAUCAGGUUAAUCAAGUACUUGCCAAAUCAGGAGAUGGAAAUGAAGAAAUUAGUGCAAUGAUCCAGAAUUAUAUCAAAGAGGUUGAAGAGCUCAGAUCAAAACUAUUUGAGAGUGAAGCUAUGAAUGAAAACCUUCGUCGUAACCUUUCAAGGGCUUCAGCAAGACCCCCAUAUCUUAAUGGUACUUUUUCUGGUUCAGUCCUUGGUUCAGAAAAGGAUACAAUGGAUGUCUUGGAAAUGGCUAAAAAGGACUUGGAAAAGCUCAAGAAAAAGGAGAAGAAAAAGAAAAAAAGCCUAACUAAAGAGGAUUUUAAUGAAGGGGAGAAAUCAGAAGAGAAAGACAUGGAAGAGAAAGAAAAGAAUGACUUGGAGGAGGAGGAAGGUCAGGAAUACAGCGAUCAUGAAGGGGAUGAAGAAGAUGCUGAAGAAGAUGAAGUUGAAAUAAGUGAAAGUUCGGAUGAAUCUGACUCUGAAAUAGAUGAAGAAGCUAAUUUCCAGGCAGAUCUGGCUAACAUUACCUGCGAAAUAGAAAUUAAGCAGAAGCUUAUUGAUGAACUGGAAAAUAGCCAGCGACGACUUCAGACACUGAAACAGCAGUAUGAGGAAAAGUUAAUGAUGCUGCAAAAUAAAAUUCGGGACACCCAAUUGGAGAGAGACCGUGUUCUUCAAAACCUGGGUUCAAUGGAAAGUUUUUCUGAAGAAAAAGCAAAUAAAAUUAAAUCAGAAUAUGAGAAAAAGCUUCAAGUAAUGAACAAAGAACUGCAGAAGUUGCAUACUGCCCAAAAGGAACAUGCUCGCUUACUAAAAAAUCAACUGCAGUAUGAAAAGCAGUUGAAGAAACUGCAGCAGGAAGUGGGAGAAAUGAAGAAAACCAAGGUCCGUCUCAUGAGACAAAUGAAGGAAGAACAAGAACGUGCUCGAAUGACAGAAUCUAGGAGAAACCGAGAAAUUGCUCAGUUGAAGAAAGAUCAUCGCAAGCAAGAACAUCAAAUGAAAAUUCUGGAAGCUAAGAAGCGACAACAAGAAAUAAUUCUAAAGCGCAGAACUGAGGAGGUAACAGCACUUAGAAAGCUUUCAAAACCAAUGUCGGAUAAAGUAGCUGGGCGAGUGAGCCGUAAACUGAGCUUGCCAGAUCCUGUUUCAGAGUCACAAUCUCAUGCAGGUCUAACCGAUCAUGACAGAACUAUGAACUUCAGUGGUGUGUACAAAGGGAGAAAUCUUGCUUCCCGGACCAUGGCUACUCCAGCAGACAAGAUAAAUGGGGGCUUGAGAAAGAAGUACCAGAGAAAAAUUACAAGUAGAUAUACUUCAAGAGCAGCAAGAGUGAAAUGGCAGUCACUUGAACGUAGGGUUACCGAAAUAAUUAUGCAAAGAAUGACUAUUGCCAACAUGGAAGCUGAUAUGAAUAGACUUCUCAAACAACGUGAAGAUUUGACUAAAAGACGAGAGAAACUGAACAGAAGGAGAGAAAAGUUUGCUCUGGACUGUGUAGAUGAUAAAGCAAUUCAUAGCAUUAGUGAAGAAACAGAAUCACUUAGUGCAAAUAUUGACUAUGUUAAUGAUAGUAUUUCUGAAUGCCAAGCCAAUAUAAUGCAGAUGGAGGAAGCAAAGGAAGAAGGAAGAACAGUGGAUGUUUCAGCGGUGAUCAGUUCUUGUACUUUGACUGAAGCUCGUUACAUGUUGGAUCACUUUCUCACAAUGGUUAUUAAUAAGGGUCUUCAAGCUGCUCAAAAGGAAUCUCAAAUUAAAGUUCUAGAAGGCAGAGUAAAGCAAAUAGAAAUUAACAGUUCAACUCAAAAUCAACUGCUAUUCCAUAUGUUGAAAGAGAAAGCUGAAUUUAAUCCAGAACUUGAAGCUUUACUUGGAAAUGCUUUACAAGAAGAUGGAGCUGAAAGCAGUGAAGAAGAAAAUGUAUCUAGUCCUGGAAUGGAAGGCAGUUCACUGAGUUCUGACCUUAUGAGGUUAACAGGUGACCUAAAACCAAAGGAUAAGGCACGAAGAAGAACAGCAACACAAAUGGAAUUGCUUUAUGCAGACAGUAGUGAUUCUGCCUCAGACAUAGUUGCAGGAGAUCUUGCUAUGCCUGUGCCAUUAAUGCCUGUCGCAGAGGUGCAAGAACUUGAGAAGGACGGGACUUUACAGGCUGAUGCUGCUUCAGCUAGGGAAAAAGAGAUAUUGCCAUCACCAUCUGGCUUGCCCCUUAGACUUGGCAGUAGCAUCUCACGACCAACAUCAGGAACAGAAAGAAAAAUACCUGAGCCUUCACCGUUAUCAAGGAGGAAAUUGUAUGACAGAGGGAACUUAGCCGGAGACAAAUUGAAGGUUAAAGAGCAAAAACUGUCAGACGAAAGCGACUCCUCUCUUUCGGAGGUACAAAGGGGUAUCAUUAACCUGUAUCCUAGCUCCAAAGCCAACAGGGGUACACCUCUUUACUGUACUCAUGUAGCUGAAGGUCACAGCAAGGCAGUGCUGUGUCUAGAUGCUACAGAUGAUCUUCUAUUCACAGGAGCAAAAGAUCGGACAUGUAAAGUAUGGAAUCUUGUAACAGGACAAGAGAUUAUGUCGCUUGGUGGACAUCCUAAUAAUGUGGUAUCAGUCAAAUACUGCAGCUAUUCGAGUUUGGUAUUUACUGCUUCCACGUCUUAUAUUAAGGUGUGGGACAUCCGAGAUUCUGCCAAAUGUAUUCGAUCACUGACGUCAUCAGGCCAGGUGUCAAUGGGGGAUGCUUGUGCAAGCACAAAAAACAGAGCAGUUACUAUCCCACCUGGAGAAAAUCAGAUUAAUCAAAUUGCACUUAAUUCCACGGGCAUGUUCCUCUACGCUGCUUCUGGUAACUCUGUGCGAAUGUGGGAUCUCAAAAGGUUUCAAUCAACUGGAAAGUUGACUGGUCAUUUGGGUCCAGUUAUGUGCCUUACUGUUGACCAAACUGCAAAUGGACAAGAUUUGAUUAUCACUGGGUCCAAAGAUCACUACAUAAAGAUGUUUGAAGUAACAGAAGGUGCCAUUGGGACUGUAAGUCCUACACACAAUUUUGAACCACCACACUAUGAUGGGAUUGAAUCUCUCACGAUCUUGGGUGACAGCUUGUUUAGUGGAUCAAGGGAUAAUGGAAUAAAAAAGUGGGACAUGGCCCAGCAAGAACUGUUCCAGCAAGUUCCAAAUGCUCACAAGGAUUGGGUGUGCGCCUUGGGAGUUGUACCAGGCCGGCCGCUUCUCCUCAGUGGCUGCAGGGGUGGCAUCCUUAAGCUUUGGACUGUAGACAGCUUUUCACCACUUGGGGAGAUGAGAGGCCAUGACAGUCCCAUAAAUGCCAUCUGCACCAACUCGACCCACAUCUUUACUGCUUCAGAUGACCAAACAGUGAGAAUUUGGAGUACUCGAAGACAAUCAGAUGGACAGAUGUUGGAAACUGCAGACUUAAACGAUGAUAUCAACAGCAGCUGAACACUGCAAAAGGCAAAGGAACAUUGGCCAUUGGUGUAUAGAUUUUUUUUGUGAUUGAGGAAGCAGUUAUAACUGGGCUGAAUGCAGCUGGAAGUUGCAGAGUUUCAUCGGUUCUAAUCAGUCAAAUUCAUACAAGUAUCACAUUUCCAUCAGAUAAAAGAGCAACUCCAUAAGAUAACAUACCAAAAGCUUGACUGUUGUGUGAAUAGAAAUUGUGAAAAGGCUUUUCACUCUGCAGAGCUAUUUUAAUGUAUCAGUUUACAGUAGCUUUCAGAGCAGUAAGAUUUGCAGCAAAAAGCAUGUGUUGCAAAUAAUUCUAUGCAGUUAAUGGGAAUUGCUAUCUACUUAGUCUGUGAUAUUGCCCUAAAAAAAUUGUGUAGGUUUUAUUGAUGCUGCAGCCAUGGGCCUAAAUGUCUGUACCUGUGUAUGGAAUUCAUUUCUAGUUGGAGUUAUUGCUGUUGCAUUACAUUUAAAGACAGGAUUUAGUGAUAGCUGUUUAUGCAGCAGUAUUCUCAUUCUGUCACUAAAUUUUUGUUGUAGAAUUUGUCUUACGACGUUUAAGUUGCAUACUCCCAUUUAUAUCAUUAUGAUGUUGUCACUCACUGUUGAGACAAUACUGUUAGUACUAACAGCCUGCUUUUCUUCCAAGUAAGAGGAAAUGGCCAUUGCAGUUGAGUGGAUAAAAUGCUGCUAUAUUAAUGGUGAGAAAUGUGUGCGUACUUGCAUUAACAGCAGGUAAAUGGGCAGUUUCACCUUGAGUGGAAAUGCACUGUACAUAGUGAGUUUGAAACAAAAUGGGUUAAAUUGUACCUGGUUUAUUUCCAGAGGUUGUAGAAAGUAGACAAUUAAAUGGGAUAUAUUUUAUUUAGCUUUAGAUUUUGAAUGAUUGUGAUUUUACUAAUUCUUUGAAAAUUUUAUGUAAAUAACCAGUUUGAAUCAGAUUUAGGUUUUAUUUGCUGUCUACCAAGGCUGCUUGUAAACAAAUGGCUAAAUAAAGAAAUGUGUGCUCAAUUUGAAAAUGUCAUAUGAUAUGUCAAUAUAACCUUUAGAAUCAAAACAAGUCGUACAAUCAGUUGACUGAACACAGCAUUUUAAUGUUUUUUGUCACAAUGUUUCCUGAUUUAUGGUGUAAUUUAGUUAGUUAUUAAUAAUAUUACAUUAUAAAUAAUAUUGUAAAAUACUUUUAUGUAAUUUCAAAUUACA